AAGAGACGCUGACGAGACAAAACCAUCUCAGAGAUAAAACACCAACAACAACAAACCUCAGAGCUGUUAGUCGUUCUCACGCUGAGACAAACGUUAGGUUCCCUCUAGACUCUACAGAGGGUUCUCUAGCAUGUAAAGAACCCAGAGAGAUACUAGAGACCCCCAUGAUGAAGUACCGUACGGUGGUGAUGUACCUGGAGGUGGGCUGCUUCGUGUCCUGUCUGUGUGGGUGGAUCCUGGUCUGCUCCACGCUGCCCACUGAGUACUGGACCUUCUCUGAGGUGGGCAGCAUCGUCCUCACCACCUCCAACUAUUACUCCAACCUGUGGAAGGACUGCAUCUCCGACACCACCGGGGUCUCCGACUGCAAGGACUACCCCUCCAUGCUGGCCCUGCCUGCGUUCCUCCACGCCUGCAGAGCGCUGGCGGUCUGCGCCGUCAUCACCGGGUUCUUCGGUGGCGUUCUGACUCUCGUUGGGAUGAAAUGCACCAAAAUAGGAGGAUCAGAAGUGGCCAACGCCAGAGUCACCUUCGCUGGAGGAAUCACCUACCUGGUCUCAGGAUUCUGUGGGAUGAUCACGUAUUCCUGGUGGGCAAAUAAAGUCAUCACAGAGUUCCUGGAUCCAAACUUCAGAGCUCAGAAGUUUGAACUUGGAGCUGCGGUCUUCGUGGGUUGGGGCGGCUCCAUCCUGCUGAUCUGUGGAGCCUCCGUCAUGACGUAUUUCUCUGCUAAAGAAGGUUUACCAUCCAGUUCUGGAGGAAAGUCUGUGCGAGGUCACAGUUACGCCUCAGCCCGGACCAGGAGGACCUACAUGCUGCCAGGCUCCGCCUCCAGGCUCACGCUGGGCCCGCCCCUUUUCUACGAGGGCCGGAAGAGUCGAGCAACCAGAGCAACCACCAGAGCAACCACAGCAACCAGAGCAACCAGGACAGCAACCAGAGCAACCAGGACAGCAACCAGCAGCGGCAGGACCUUCAACAGGGACAGCUUCGUCUGA